AUGAUUUGGGAGAUGUUUUUUGUUGCCCUCUGGCUUCUGAUGCCACCGGUUCAUGCGAAUCCACCAGAUGCUUGUUUGCUGAGAUGCAAAGACAAUUACGUAAGAAAAGCGACUUUGUGUAGCAUUACGGUAUUAAAUCAUCUUGUUUUAUUUGGAUCAUAGCUUUUGUUGAGAAAUCAUGUCAUCGUUAAAUUGGUUAGUAAAAUUAUGUAAACUUGCAGAAAAAGUGUGAAAAGGCUGAGAAAGUGCGACUAUAGCAGUCUUUCGUAAACGGAUUAGACAAAUUAUUAGUAAUAACUUUCACACAGUUCCGCUUUUUUUGCACCCUUGUCACAGAUAAUAUCAAUAGGUUUGAACAAUUAAGUGGUAAUAAAUACAAAUGUACUAAAAAUAGUUACGUAGUUAAGUGUGCGAUAGAUACCCCAUUAUAUUACAGUUGCAACACAUGCAAUCAUUGGCGGCUGAGAAGUCGCAGAUGUGGUCGAUAAGCCUGUCAACGCCGUUGCAAGGGCUCUUCUCAAAACAUUCACACCUCAGCGUCUAUGAUCGCCUUAGUAUUUCCUGCGAGUAAGUGGAAUGUAAUAAAAAUUGAAUUGGUUACUAAUUAUGUCAUAGAAAUUUUGCAAUAAGCAGUAUUUGCAGUUAGAUCAAAUUAGAAAUUUUCAGUGCUCACAAGCAAUUCGUGGUAUGUUUAAAUAAGUGCUCAGAUUCUAAAGGGCGAAAAAUCCUGGAAGCAGGCCAAAGUUCAUGGUCCUUCAUUUGUAAUUCUUUCGAGGAUAGUCCAGGUAAGCCUUCUUUACCUUUCUUCAAAUGCCCGUAAUCCUGGAUCUAACAUGAACUUUCGUUUAACAGACUUUCAAGACGAAGUCCUGCCUUGUUGGCAAUCGCAUGGAGAACUCAUAUCCACAAAGUGUCAUAUCCACGCAGUCAUGGUACAAAACAGUGUGAUGGAUCUUAUCCAAAAUGGCUGGGCAGAUCCCACUUCGACGUUAGACGAUCUCUGUCGAAGUGUCACUUUGUAUGACAAAUGUUAUAUUGGGCAGAGUGACGUGCAUUGUGGGCAAAAAGGGUGGAAGUUUUUGUUACAACUCAACACCAGGAAUUCGAUGUAAGUAUUUUUAAGUGAACAAAAGGAAGGUGUAAUAUCAGCCUAAGAAUACGUUGCUCUAACUUUUUUGCUUGUCAAAAAGUUGGUAACAAAUUGUUCUAGGGUUCUAGUCCAACUACUCUCUCAAAGCGCCGGCGUCAACGUCAUUCCAUGGGCCUGUCAGCAGUGGAAACAUCCAGUAGAAUAUGCAGAAUGGCAUGCACAACGACUCUCCAAUUCAAAUUUCGGGUAUAAAGUAACAAUAUCACUUUUACAUUUAGCUGUGUUAUUAGCCGCAUUUCUCUAA